GACAUCGUGAACCUGCACCACUACUGGGGUGGGGGUUCAUAACACUCCCUUACCUUUAUUCCCCGCUUCACACCCUCCCUGUCGCUGGUGGCGCCUUGCCAAAGGGAUCUCUGUUCCAGUUUGUUGCAACAUUUUGAUUUCUCCCCACAAGCCGCCGCCUCUUUUAAAAAAAGAGGAGAGGCAAACCCUGCAGCUUUUGGAAGGAAGGCUCAGCUUUGAGGAGGCACAGGCCUUUGAUAGCAAGAAGAUGGUCAAGCAAGAAAUUCUUCUCCUGGUUCUGAGUGCUCUGUCUCAAGCCAUGGGGUGCUUCCAACUCAUCACCCCUUCCAAAUGGGGUGCCAAGCCCGCCAACUGUUCGGCACCUUUGAAGGACCUCCUGCCUGAAUACGUCAUAAUCAUCCACACAGUUCAAAAUCCAUGCAAAACACCAGCUGAAUGCGCCAGAGAAGUCAGGAAUGUGCAGGAUUACCACCUGCAUCUCAAAGAAUGGUGUGAUGUGGCCUAUAACUUCCUGAUUGGUGAGGAUGGCUUGGUGUACGAAGGACGUGGCUGGCGCAGUGAAGGAUCUCACACCUACGGCUACAAUGAUUUGUCCCUUGGAAUUGCUUUCAUUGGCACCUUCACGCAGAGGUCUCCUAAUGAAGCUGCAUGGAAAGCUUUGAAGUGCCUGCUUGACUUCUCUGUGAAGAUUGGCUACCUGUCUCCAGACUACCUCAUCAUGGCCCACAGUGACAUCAGUGAUGUCGUAUCUCCCGGAGAACCAAUCCGUUCGGAAAUUUCCAAGUGGCCCAAUUACAGGCACAACUGAAGACCUUUCCUUUUCCUCUUAUUCAUCUCACACAACUAUGAAUCUGUUCAGGUUGCCAACCAGCCAGCAAUAUGGACAUGCCCUUUCCCAGGAUACUCCAUUCCACCAUUCUUCAGUGUUCCAUUUUUCCCUCCGAAAGAUAUUCAGUGUUCUGUGGCCACUGAGCAUGCUUAAUACUCACUGUGCUGAUUUUAGUUUUUAAAAUAAAUCUCAGGGAUUUUCACUCCUCCCCUUUAAGGAUCUUUUGUAUUUCUGCAAAUCUUGCUGUUUCCCUGAAUCUGCUGGUGCCCUUCACUUGCCUAUGGGUGGUCCUGUUUUGGCAACAUAAAUAUCAGCACCCAGCAGAUGACUUUGCUGUUAGUGUAUAUGGUUUGGGCUUCCAGAUAUGAACUUUGGGAAGAAAAUAUUUGUGGAUACAUAGGAUAUGUCACGGAUAGUAGAUGAUAUGUUGAUGUAUUUACAUGUGAAUUCCACAAGAGGGUGCUUAGAAUUUAAACUGCUGUCAAUAAA